AGCUGCAAUAACUAAGUGGCAACGCCUGUCACAGCCGACAACUUCAAACACGUGCAACGCUGGUGGCGGCGUGUUCUGUUUUGAGUUUCUCUUGAAUUGUAUUUGAAUUGAUUUGUAUAAGAAAACACACACAAAAUGGGCAAGAAAAGUAAAGUUGGAAAGACGCGCAAGGAUAAGUUCUACCAGUUGGCCAAGGAGACGGGCUUUCGAUCGCGUGCCGCCUUCAAAUUGAUCCAGCUGAAUCGCAAGUUUGGUUUCCUGCAACAGUCGCAAGUAUGCAUCGAUUUGUGUGCCGCUCCCGGCGGUUGGAUGCAGGUGGCCAAACAGAAUAUGCCCGUAUCGAGUAUUGUGGUGGGCGUGGAUCUGUUUCCCAUACGCCCCAUCGCGGGCUGCAUUGGCCUCGUCGAGGACAUCACAACGGAGAAGUGCCGUCAAUCUUUGACCAAGGAAUUGCAAUCGUGGAAAGCCGACGUUGUGCUGCACGAUGGUGCUCCGAACGUGGGCAGGAAUUGGCUCUAUGAUGCCUAUCAACAGAUUUGCUUGACAUUGAAUGCUCUUAAGUUGGGCACACAGUUCCUGCGCAGCGGCGGUUGGUUUGUCACCAAAGUGUUUCGCUCCAAGGAUUACAAUGCGCUGCUCUGGGUGUUGAAGCAGCUGUUCAAGAAGGUGCAUGCCACCAAGCCCAGUGCCUCCCGUAAGGAAUCCGCUGAGAUCUUUGUCGUUUGUCAGGGUUAUUUGGCGCCCGAUCGCAUCGAUCCACGUUUAUUGGAUGCCAAGUAUGUGUUCGAGGAACUGGAUCUGGAGGGCAAGCAGAAGAACAGUCUGCUGCAUCCGGAGAAGCAGAAGCGGAUUAAGGCCGAGGGUUACACCGAGGCGGACAUUGCACUGCGCAAUGAUCUGGCUGCCUCCGAAUUUAUGCAGUCGGAGAAUGCUUUGGCGGCACUGCAGGGCAUAGGAUCCAUUCGCAUUGACGAUCCACGUAUUGCACAGCACAAGAAGACCACCACGGAGAUACUGGAGUGCUGCAAGGAUCUCAAGGUGCUGGGACGCAAGGAUAUCAAGGGUUUAAUGCUCUGGUGGAAGCACAUCAAGGAGGAUCUAUACAAAACCGAAAAGGAGGGAGUCAUCGAGGAUGCCGAGGAUGCUGAACAGACAGCACCCAAGCCACUGACCCAAGAACAGGUCGAGGAUAUGGAAGAUGCCGAGUUGCAGCAACAAAUUGAAUCCCUGGUCGAGGAGGAGCAAAAGGACAUGAAGCGUAAACGCAAAAAGACGCUUAAAUCCAAGGCCAAACUGCAUGAGAAGAUGAAUCUGAACAUGGUCAUCAAGGGCGACGAUGGUCCCGUCGAGGAGACCGAACACGAGAUCUUUGAUCUCAAGGAUAUCAACAGUGCCACCGAAUUGAAUGAUAUGCUCGACGUGGAACCCGAUUUCGAUGUGGAGGGCGAACCCGAGGAGCGUCCCAAGCUGCCCAAGUACAAGAAAUACGACAAGGAUGACAAGCGCAUGGAUGACGAUGCCAACUAUGAGAACGAUGAUGAGCCCGAUGUGAGUGCCGAGGAAGAUAGCGAAAGCGACUACGAGGAACAAGGAUUGGGACUCAGUGACAACGAGGAUAACGAUACCAAAAGCAACAACAAGAAGAAAAAGAAACGCGGUGAACAUCCUCUCAUCAAAUCUGGUGAUUUUCGUGACAAGGACACAAAGCGUCAACAACGUGUCCAGCUCUGGUAUGAAAAGGAUAAUCUACAGAACCUGGACAACGAUGGCGAUGACGAUGAGGAGAACUAUGAUCUGGACAAUCUGGCCAAGGCCUACAAAGCCAAAGGUGUCGCCAUCCUCGGCGAGAAUCGUCCAGCCGAAGAUGCCGGCACCUUGGCUCUGGGCAAGAAGGCCAAACGUCGUGCUCGUCACGAUGCCCAGAAGGAGGCGGAGGACAGCAGCUCCGAGUCAUCCGACUCCGAGGAGGAGGUCGAUGAGAAUGGGAAUGGGAAUGGCGUUGACAAUGUGACGGGAGAUAUAACCAAAGCACCCAAGGCGAAGAAGGUGCGGCUGAGCGAGGAGGAACUGGCGCUGGGAGCACUCCUGGUGCGUGGCAAGAAAACGCGUCGUGAUCUGAUUGAUGCUGCCUGGAAUCGUUAUGCAUUCAACGAUGACAAUUUGCCCGUCUGGUUUGUGCAGGAUGAGCAGGAGCAUAUGACGAAGCCAUCGCCGGUGCCCAAGGAGCUAACGGAGGAGUAUCAACGCAAGGUGCAGGAACUGAAUGUGCGUCCCAUCAAGAAGGUCAUGGAGGCCAAGGCACGCAAGAAGCGUCGUGCCACAAAGCGUCUGGCCAAGGCCAAGAAAAUGGCCGAAAAGAUCAUGGAGAAUGCCGAUGCCACGUCUCAGGAGAAGGCCAAACAGUUGAAGAAGAUCUACAAGAAGGCGCAGGAGAAGAAGAAGGAGAUCACCUAUGUGGUGGCCAAGAAGCAUACGGCAUCACGUCGUGCCCGACGUCCAGCUGGCGUCAAGGGACGCUAUCAAGUCGUCGAUCCGCGUGAGAAGAAGGACAAACGCGCUGUUGUGGCCAAAAAGCGACGUGAGAAGGGCAGCAAGGGGGGUAAAGGUGGCAAGGGCAGAGCUGGCAAGGGGGGUAAGGGUGGCAAGCGCUAAUUAGACCCAUAAAUACACCCUACAUACAUACAUUCACUAUGUAUAGCCUUUAGUCUCCUUAUGUAAAUGAUAAUGUAUAGAAUAAAUAUAAAUCUAGUGCAUAACAAGA